AUGUCUGAGCCUCUUGAGUCUCCGCCCUCCGGUUUUCUCACAGCUCCUGUUGAGAUCCGCUUCCGCAUCUACUACGAAGUUCUCGUCAAAGAGACCCCGGUCAAUUUUGGUUUCGAGCGCUGCCAUCUCGAUGCACCCCCCACGAUUCACCGGGAGGCUACGCGCAUUCUCUAUGCCGAGAACCUCUUCCAAUUCCCCGAUGCGUAUUGUUUCCGCCAGCCUGAGGGAGAUUGCUUCUCCUUCUACUCUGCCGUGCCCUACGUCGCGCCCUUCCUCCAACAGAUUGGGCCCAAUGCACGCUUCUUGAGGCACAUCAGCAUCAACUUCCCAAAGUCGUUCGCCUCCAGAAGACCUCCCGUACUCCAAGCCGCCUUCAUCCGAGUGCUGGAGCUUCUCAAAGAGUCUUGCACGGACUUGCGGACGGUCGAGAUAGUGUCAGAGACUCCCAAUGGCCUCCUCCCCCUCGAGAACAUUGAGCAGGCAGGACAGAUGCUGCAGACGCUCCACGAUGGCGGACUCAAGGAUAUCCCUUCACUUGAGAAGGUUGUCUUGGUUCACCCAGAACACCCUAUGCAGGAGCAGAUCGCGGCGUCCUGCGAGGCCUUGAGGCAGCACGCACCGAGCAUCAAGUGGACGGUCCAGCGCACCAAGACCCCGCCGAUGACUCGCACUAGUACAAGCUACCUGUCUUACAUCUGA